UCAAAUGGGAAGUGAGCGUCUGCAGGUAUAGUCCUUCAAUAUUUAUCAUUGAUAAAUUAUAUGUUACCUUCAUAUUACAGUAAAUGUUUGCUAAAUUAUUCAUUACCGUGUAAUUGUUUAACUUCUUUGUAAUUUUUUUUUUUUUUAAUUUAAUGUUUCAUAACAUUUUUUUUUGUAGGCUCAUGUUCCAUCGCAGAGGAGUGUUGUUGGUUAUCCAGGAGGUAGAAAGAGUAAAAGGCUCAGGACCAGAUCUUCCAAGUUAGACGGAAGGUUUCAGUUUGACAAGAAAACCAAGCUAUUGGUUGGGCACCCUUCUCCCAUCGCAACUCUUUCUACUAGAUCUAUAGACCCUGAUGAGCGUUUUAACAACUCCAUGAAGAAACUAAAAGCUAUUAGCUCUAUUUCUUUGGGCGACGAUGUUUCCAUUGCCAGCAAGGACAUCAUUGACCUUAUUGACAGGAAAAAACCAUUGUCUAACAAGGUAGUUUUAGCUAAAGCAUAUAGUUUCCCUAUAAAAUGUUUGUUACUAGUUAUUGAUGUUAACUUGUUUUCUGUCCAAUAGGUUAUGGAUGCGCUUUUGAAGUUUAGUAGGCACAUUCUGAGGACUGACGACGUCGAUGGACAGAAAUUGCGUGUAGAUUUGCUUGAUACCAAGUUUAUCUCUCACUUGUGUCGUCUAUUUCCAAAGUUUUCCAAAGCUCCUGUCCAUGAGGAUUUUCAGUUUCCAAAAGCUUUGAUUGAUGCUGUUGCUGGUGUGGGAGAGUUGGAUCGUGCUCAGCUUUUUACUGAAGUUGAUUAUCUAUACCUGCCAUUCAACUUUGACAAAAAACAUUGGGUUGCCCUAGUCGUCGAGCUUAACUGCGCAAAGAUUACUGUUCUUGAUUGCAAUGUUCAUUUGCGCACCGAUGCUAGUCUCAAGAUGGACCUCCAGCCACUUGCCAGAAUGCUUCCCUUUCUAUUUAGACAGGCGGCCUGUAAUCCAACAAUGAGCCAGAUGUCAACGUCUCCGUUUUCCAUUGAAAGGUCUCUCUGCAUCCCUCAGGUUACAGCCCAUGUUGAUUCCGGCCUCAUGACUCUUUUCCUCAUUCAUGGUCACGCAGCUGGUGGGAUGGAUGAUUGUGUGGAGUUUCCACCAGAUUCUAUUGACGCUGAAACCAAAAAACUUGUAUCUGCUAUUAUUCUCGCAGGUGUUCCUUAG